GAGAGGUGAACGUUGGACUGGAGCUCUCCUCUCGGCAGUCCCGCGGACCCUGCUAUGGACGUCAGGUUCUAUCCGGCUCCCCCCUCCAGCGUGGGUGCGUGCACGUUAGCGCCUGACUCCACUUUGGACUAUUACCACUCCAACAAGAGCAGAUACGCCAGUGCAGAUCGAGGCGUGAGGCUCUACAGUUCUCUGCCCAUGCGCCCCAACCCCGACGGCAAGAGACUGUCAUCUUCUGGGUUUGAUGGUGACAACAUGUACAUGAAUGAAAACAACCAUGAGUUCCUCCCGCCCAGCCAGAACUACACAGCUCAGACUGGUGGCGGUAGCGGCAGUAACGGCGGAGGAGCAGGAGGCGGCGGCGGAGGCGGCGGCAGCGGCGGCGGCGGGGGAACGGCCAGCGGCAACGGAGCCGGGGAUGAAGACUACGAGAUCCCCCCCAUCACUCCGCCCAACCACCCGGAGCCUCCUCUCCUACACCUGAUGGAGCACGACUCCACGGGCUACCUCUGCCAUUCACUGUCACACAACGGCCUCAUCAACCCUUAUUCGUACCCGGAGCUGCCCACCCUCAUGAUGUCCAACAUGCUGGCGCAAGACGGCCAGCUGGUCUCUGGCCAGAUGCCCUCAAUGCACGAGAUGGCUUUGCACCACCACCACCUCCACCAACAGCAGCAACAACAACAACACCAUCACCACCACCAGCAGCAGCACCACCCAGACGACGUUCGUUACGACCCCGCCCGUAACCACGCCCUGAUUAACCGCUCGCCUCCGAUACUGGCCAACCCAAUGAGCGCGCUGUCCCAGCUGAACCCUCAGCUGGGCCGGAGCGCUCUUCCCCACGGGUCCCCCUCGCCUCCCGGGAGCAAAUCGGCCACGCCCUCCCCCUCCAGCUCCAAUCAGGAAGAGGAGACCGAUCCUCAUUCAAAGAUGACGGGGGAGAAACGGCCAUCGUCCGAGAUGAUGAAGCCCAAGCCCAAACCGCAGAAAAAGAAGAAGAAGAAGGACCCCAACGAGCCCACCAAGCCCGUGUCUGCGUACGCGCUCUUCUUCAGGGACACACAGGCGGCCAUCAAGGGGCAGAAUCCCAAUGCAACGUUCGGUGACGUGUCCAAGAUCGUUGCGUCCAUGUGGGACGGCCUGGGAGAGGAGCAGAAACAGAACUACAAGAGGAAAACAGAAGCGGCUAAAAAGGAGUACCUGAAAGCCUUGGCUGCCUACAGAGCCAGUCUGGUUUCCAAGACAUACAAUGACCCCUUGGAGACAAAAAGUGCCCAAACAAGCCAAGCGUCUCCUCACAUGCUGCCCGCCAACCCCUCCCUGUACAGCGUUCCGCCCCCUCCCCAGUCUUCGUCACCCUACCUGGGGCCGGGGUCCUUCCCCCUCGCCGACCUGCAGAGCUACGCCGGCCACGCCCCUCGCCACGCCCUCUCGCAGACGCUCAGCCAAUCGCAGAUGCUGCCCAGCAUUAGUGCCUCUCCGCCCUCCUCCUUCCAGAUCAGCCCGCCGCUCCACCCCCACCAGCAGCUGUCACUGCACCAGAGCUCGCUGCUCAACCAGCCAAUCCGCAUGCAACAGGUCCAGUCCCAGCCAAUCAUCUCUCACCAGAUGGGCCUGCAGGCCUCCCUUCACUCCCCACCUCCAGGCCAGCAGGGCUUUCCACACCUCCAGUCAGAGUAUCAGAAGAGCAUCGGAGGGCCACAGUCUCCAGGAGGGUCCGGGGGUCCCGGUCCGGGUCCGGGGGUUUCUUCCGGCCACGACUGGGACGGGGAAUACUGCAAUCGGGAGUGCGGCAACCACUGCAGCGGCAGCAUGAUAGGCAGGGACAAGCCCCUCUACCUCACCUGAGCCCCCACCCACACAUCAAAAGCGGCCACCAACGGGGCCCGACCGACCGCCUCCUCUCUCCCUUUCCUCCUCCCUUACAUACGUGUACAUAUGUGUACUUAAACAUGCAAACACGCCGCUCCACGCCAUUGUUUCCUCUCAUGACGGGACUUUUCGGCGGGACCGGGUGGGCGGGGGGCAACUUCCUGUACAAGCACUUACGAGGCCCCCGCUCCCCUUGUGGUCGCUGCGCGGCAGGCGAGGCCGGGCUGUGGCGCGCUCGUCCUUUUUGUCCCCUCAGGGACCCCAUCCAGCUUUAAUUAGAGAAACUCUGUUCUUGAUGUUGUUGUUGUUGUUGUUGUUGUUACGCUUUUUAUUUAUUUCUGCCUUGCUUUUUUUUUCCCCCAACUCUGCUGUGGAGAUAUAUAUAUAUAUAUAUAUAUAUAUACUCCCACGCCUACAUUUUUGUUUUUGCUUAAAGGGGACAUAUUGUGGCAAAAUUGACUUUUUAAUGUUUGUAUACAAAUAGUUGUGUUUCUGGAGUGCCUGCCCACCUGUCUAGUGUGAAAUUAAACUACCAAGUGAAUCUUUAGUUAUCUGCCUGUUGUUUUUGAAAAUGUGUCUGAGAGCAUAUCUGCCUCACUGUGAUGUAACAAUGGGGCUAAUUUGCAUAAUAGCCUCCCGCGCAUCAAGUUUCUCCACCACUGACAUAACAGAUUAGCAUUAGCACACAUUACCUUCUUAUGACAAUGUUGGAAUUAGGGAUGGGAGAAUACCGACAUCAGGUAUCGAUAGCGGGCUGGUACCGGCCUCGUUUCAAAUUAUCGGGUACUCGUAAAGGCUGCCGAUACCAGCCAUCGAAACGUGAGGCAAAAAACUCUGACAUUAAGUAAGUCCACCUCGCCGGUAGCUGGCGCUACACUACAGGGGUUUUGACACGUUGGCAAAUCAUCAUGUGCGAUCCUUUUGGUAUUUUGGCAAAAUCAUGUCACGGAUGUUUUAUGAAGACACCUGGGAACAAUUUUAAACUGUGGAAAGAAAUGCACAAUAUGUCUCCUUUAAGGACCUGCAAAUUGAUAUAAAGAAAAGAUCAUGACUCUUUUUUUUUUUCUAUUUUUAUCGUUAUUUUUAAAUAUUAAAGACCCGUGGAGGUCCAACGAGCUGUCACACAGUGUGAUUGUAAAUACAACUUUUAUGGGAUCAAAUAAGGAAGUUCACAUAGGGUUCUUCGUCUUUAAAAAAAAAUUACAUGUACGUCAUUGAGAGCGUGCGUGUGUUUUUAUUUUUAUUUUUAUUUUUUUUAACUGAAUUCAACCCACAUUUCAUUAUAUGGAAGGACAUAAAAAAACAUAAUAAUAUGAAUAAGUUAAUAAUGCAUUGCCUCAAAUAAUUAAUAAGAAAAAAAAUGCCGCACCGUGAAGACAAUUUUAGAAUAUACAGUAUUUUAAUGUUGCUUUUUUAUUUUAUUUUUUUCUAUAGGUUUCUGGUUCUUUUGAUAUUUUUUAACUCCUGUGUGA